AUGUAUUCUCUAUUGGGUAUAUUUUUGAUCGGCAGCAUAUUAGUGAGAGAGAUUAGCUCACAGCUCACACUUGAAGACAGGAAUAAAGUCAAGUGGGCAUCGUCACCAUUUGAGAAUGAUACUUCAAUCCGUACUUUUACUAUAAAGUUUGAUCAAGAGGUAGUUGCUGAUCUGAGACGUCGCCUAAGUCAGAAACGUAGACCGUUCGUCAGACUCGAAGGCAUCAAUUGGGAAUAUGGUCUCAAUCCUGACAUUCUGGACUACUGGAUCGAUUACUGGAAUAAUAAAUACAAUUUCACACAACAAGAGGCCUAUUUAAAUACGUACACUCACUAUUUGACCAACAUUCAGGGGCUCGAUAUACAUUUCCUUCAUGUUAAGCCACAGGUAACUGAUUAUUGCAAAUUGGUUCCAAUGUUGCUGCUUCAUGGUUUCCCUGGAUCUGUUCGAGAAUUCUAUAGAGCAUUGCCAUUGCUCACGGCUGGCUGUCAUAAUGGAAUCGCACUUGAAGUUAUUGCCCCUAGUUUACCAGGUUUCGGAUAUUCUGACCCAGCAACCAUUCCCGGGCUUGGUGGAACCGAAAUAGGAACAAUCAUGGUAAACUUGAUGAAGAGACUUGGUUUCAAUCAGUUCUAUGUACAAGGUGGAGAUUGGGGAUCUAUCAUCUGUUCUAUGAUGGCCACUUUAUAUCCAAACGUUGUAUUGGGCUAUCACACAAACUUGCCACUCUCAUUUUCUGAACUUUCGUUUGCUGCUUGGUGGGCUGGAUCUGUAAAUCCUUCCAAUGUCGUGGAAUCAUCGCUCCAAUCAAGAAUGUACCCGUUUGUGGCCCAAAUGAAAGGACACCUUUCAUCGAAUGAUUACCUGCAUAUGCAGUCCACCAAACCUGAUACAUUAGGAAUAGCAAUGACCGACUCACCAAUUUCACUGCUGACAUACUACCUCAUGUUGCAUGCAAGAGGUGACAUCAGCCAGUUCACUAAUGAAGAGUUGCUUGACAAUCUGAUGUUCUACUGGAUCAAGAACAGAUUCACCACAGCCGCUAGACUUUACGCUGAGAGUUUCAAUGUUAGAAACUUACGAGAAGCAUUAUAUGCUAAAACUACUGAUGUUCCUGUAAGAACUGUGCACGCCCAGAAUGAAGUAAUUUACCAAUCAGAAGCGAUCCUUCGAUUGAAAUACACAAACAUCCAAAAUGCAACAGCUCUUACACAGUAUGGUCAUUUCUUGGCGAUGGAAGCACCUCAAGCAUUCUCACAACUUGUGCUCGAUGCCAUAGCUGGAUUUGAAGCUGUAGCUAGAGGCACGUGCAACAAAGCGUAG